UAGCAUCAACAACAUCACUUGAGAAGAAGCGAACCGAGUUGAGUUGAGUUGAGUUGAGUUGAGUGGUGUGACUCAGUGAGCGAGCGAGCGAGCGAGUUUUCUAGGAUUCCAAUGGCGAGCGCGCUUCGGAACAUGAAAGUGGCUCCGAACUCUGCGAAUCUAGCGGAAGCGAGGCAACGAGUCUUCGAUUUCUUCAGAGCAGCUUGCCGAUCCUUACCCACCGUUAUGGAAAUCUAUAACCUAUACGACGUCGCUACCAUCUCCCAGCUUCGCUCCGCCGUCGCCUCCCAGAUCCGCUGCAACACCCACGUCACCGAUACCAAGGUGAUCGAUAUGAUGCUUUUCAAGGGAAUGGAAGAGCUGAGGAACGUUGUGGAACAUUCAAAGCAGAGGCAUCAUAUCAUUGGUCAGUACGUAGUUGGUCGGGAAGGGCUUGUGCAGGAUUUGGGCACAAAAGAUGAGGGCAUCUCUCCGUUUCUAAAGAAUUUCUACAAAAGCAAUUACUUUUGAAGUUUGGUCAUGAGCUGUUCUGUGUUUGCUCCAAUAAAGAAUUAUCUGACUGUUUUGCAUGUCAAUACUGGAUAAAGAUAGUACUGUUGGUUUCAGAUAAAACUACUGUAUUCAUUAUUCCUGGCUUAAUUUAAGAAAGUGAUAUUUUGCUGAUUGAUGUGCACAUGUGCAUACUGAUGAAAAUAUUGCCAUGUAUUACUAUUUGACGACAUUGUGAAUGGUAAAAAGAUUGUCCCAAAUGAAUACAUUGGCAUAUCAUGUUAGAGACAGAAAUAUGUAUCUUGAGUAAUGCCAUGAUAUGAGGUCACUACAAUAUGCAGGUACUACUGGUUGUUUAUAG